CGCGUUCCCGACGCGUGUGGAAAACGAAGCGCAAGAUGACGACGUUGAUGGCGGCGGUCGUCCCCGGUCGCUCCCCCGGGGCUCGCCUCCUCCUCCCCGCGGGGACAGCGCCUCCCUCCCCGCUGCGGGGCCACUAGACGCCGCCUUCGGAGCUCCGUCAGCCGGGGAGAGAACGCCAGUGGAGCCGCCCACCCCGCAGCCGGUGCACGCACGGCCCCGCUCGGCCUGGUCGCUCGCUUUGGUUCAUUAUUAUUCAUUUAUACAUAUACAUUUUCAAAAAAUGACUUCUUGAUGGAUAACGCGCGCGCCCAGUGAGCCGAGAUGGAGACCAUGGAGAGGGAGUGCAGCGCGCUGGGGGGACUCUUCCAGAAAGUCAUCGCGGACAUGAAGGGCAGUUAUCCCGUGUGGGAAGACUUUGUCAGCAAAGCCGGCAAACUGCAGUCACAGCUCAGGACGACGGUGGCGGCGGCGGCGGCCUUCCUGGACGCCUUCCAGAAGGUGGCGGACAUGGCGACCGGCAGCCGAGGGGCGACGAGGGACAUCGGCUCAGCGCUCACCAGGAUGUGCAUGAGGCACCGCAGCAUCGAGGCCAAACUCAGACAGUUCUCCACGUUGUUUGUGGAUUGCCUCAUCAACCCGCUCCAGGAGCAGAUGGAGGAGUGGAAGAGAGUCGCCAACACUCUGGACAAGGACCACGCCAAAGAGUACAAGAAAGCGCGUCAGGAGAUCAAGAAGAGAUCUUCGGACACUCUGAAGCUGCAGAAGAAAGCCAAGAAAGCUGAUGUCUUCGGUCGCGGGGACAUCCAGCCGCAGUUGGACAACGCCAAGCAGGAAGUGAGCGACAAGUACUUCCUGCUGGAGGAGGCGGAGAAGCAGGCGGUGAGGAGAGCCAUGGUGGAGGAGAGGAGUCGCUUCUGCUGCGUGGUCGCCAUGCUCCGGCCCGUCGUGGAAGAGGAGAUGUCCAUGCUUGGAGAGAUCAGUCACCUUCAGACGCUGACCGACGACCUGAAGAUGUUAACCAUGGACCCUCACAAGCUGCCAGCUGCCAGUGAACAGGUGAUUGUUGACCUGAAGGCGUCAGAGUGCACCUGGUCCUAUCAGACUCCGCCCUCAUCUCCAAGCACCACCGUGUCCAGGAAGUCCAGCAUGUGCAGCAGCCUGAACAGCGUGAACAGCAGCGACUCUCGCUCCAGCGGCUCCCGCUGCCACUCUCCCACCUCGCACUUCCGCUACCGCGCCUCCUCCUCGUCCUCCUCGGCUCUACCGCAGCAGACGCCCGCCCGCCUCUCCUCGGUGUCCUCCCACGACUCGGGCUUCAUCUCGCAGGACGCCUCCCGGUCCAAGUCGCCCUCCCCCAUGCCUCCGGACCCCUCGCAGUUGUCCGAUGGUUUGGACCGUCCCGCUCACCCCUGGCUGUGCGGCGUGUUACAACAAGACAUCCACUUCCAUUCACCAUACUUGCCCUCCUCAUCCUUCUCUUCCUCCACCGCCACCUCACCCUUGUCCCCGCCGUCCCCUUCGACCCUCUCGCCCGUCCGGUCUUCUCGUUUGGCCGACUUCCCGCCCUUCUGCUCCUCCGCGACCUCAUCAUCGAGCCGGGUCCCGUCCUGGAAGGACUGGGCCAAGCCGGGCCCGUACGAUCAGACCGUGUUCAACGCCCUGAGGAAGGGCAAGGAGAGGAGGGAGGCUGUUGACCCCCAAGGAGAGGAGCUACAAGGGGGCAAAGGAAGCCCCCCUGUGUCAUCACCCAAGGAGGACAGGGAGGCCCACGUGGAGCUGGCGAAGGCGCUGGCCCGCAGUCUCCACUUGGACUUCCACGGCUCCAGCAGGGACUCGCUGCAGGGCUCCAGCGGCUACAGCAGUCAGACCAACACACCGUGCUGCUCCGAGGACGCUGGCCCCGCCCAAGACUGCGACUACUUCUCCAUGGCAGCGGACCACGAAGGCGACCGCCAGAAUCCCGACGUGGACAAGUCGCCCGGCGUCCCGCGGCCCAGCGACCACUCUCAGUCCUGCCGCCGCUUGUUUCAGUCCAAGCGUCCCGCGUCGGCUUGCGUGCUCCCCGGCCCCGCCGCGGUGGUGCCGCCGGGGGUGGCCACCAUUCGGCGGACGCCGUCCUCCAAACCCAACCUGCGACGCCCGUCGGGAGGCCUCGCUUUGGGCCCCAUCCCCAUCAAGCCGCCCAUGAUCCCGGUCAAGACCCCCACCGUGCCGGACCACGCCGGCUUCCCUCGGGGCAGGACGUCCGAGGACGGCAACGCCCCGCGGAACCCCGUGAGCCCCCCGAGCACUCCCCUCUCACCGGGGAGCAGCGGAACCUUUUCGCCUCACGUUGAUCGCGGCCGGGGGUCCGAGCCGGACCGACGUCCUCUGCCGGAGCUGCUGGAGGAGACGGAACACGGGGACGGGGCGGACGACUUCUUGGUGGCCAUCCGGCGCGGCGUCAAGCUGAAGAGGACGACGACCGACGACCGUUCGGCACCCAGGAUCCACUGAGCCCGACAAACGGUUUCUCCGAUGCUGCAGCGGUUUUGUCGCAAACAAAACGGACAAAGUGAGUCACACAUUUCCCCGUUUGGGACGUCCCCAACUGAAGCGCUUAUCCCUUUAAGAGUCAACAAUCGGACUUGUCUGGAGGACGUUUUGUCCAGGAGGUGUCAAACGCGAGCGGCGUGUGACUCACGCGUGAAAACACGGCGGUCGAUGUCUUUUCUUUUUGCACGCUCUCCGCUUAAAAUGCCAAAAUCUGCUCCGGUAUCUCAUUUAUUCUGCUUCACUUGACCGUGAGGGCAAAGGUGACGACAGGACGCUGGAGUUUGCCUUUCGGACUGAAAGCGUUUGGCAUGUUGUUGCUGUUUUUAUCUCCGCCGUGUUGUCGAUUAUUGAUCGUUGUCGACGAUCUCACCGCGCUUUUGGCCCGAUACGAUUCGUAACGCGAUAACAUACGUAUGUUGGGUUUUUACCGUUUAUUUUUGCAGAGGCGUACAGGGGUCAAGUCAGGUAGAGUUUAUUUAUGAUUUGUUACGCCGACAUGUUGUGGAUACAUUGAAGUGUGUGUCAUCAUAUAUAAUAGACUUAACGACGUAACGAUGUUAUCGUAGACACACUCGCGGUGUACGGAGGUAGGUUUCCAUGUCUCACACUGAAUCACGAGCGAAGGUGUCGCGUGAAGACUCUGAAGGACACCACGUCGGCUCUGUACAAAAUGGAAGCUAAGAAUUAGUUAGGUGAGUAGUUGAGUGUCAUCGAUCCCCUGCCAAGCGAGGGAUCUCCUUCUCAACCUUCUUGUACACGAUGGCUGGACUCUGUCCGUCGUGUGGCUGAUGCGCCGAGCAGAUGAAGCUGAAUGUGACGAGCCUCCAAAAGUCUACGCUCGCAAUCAUUUCAGCCUUGGAGAGUUCAAUACACAAAUCAUUUUUUUUUUAAAUGGUCAGGUCCAGUGUGUGUGUGUGUGUGUGUGUGUGUGUGUGAUUGUUGCUUGUCCUACUCGCACACAAGUCUUGCGCGCAUUUAAUGUCUGGAGAUUCUCAUGGUAAUCCGCAAAAAAUGAUUUUGCCGGUUAAAUGGUGGCAACACGUCCCAAUUGUUGUUUUUGGACCAUUGCUCAGGAACUAGGUUGAAGUGAGUUGAGGACUUUCAUGUAGACAAAGCGAGUGCUUUACUCCUAGCAUCUUGGUGCCAAGGAACUAUGUUGAAGUGAAAUGUGAAACAUUUAGACAAAAGUUGGGCUGUCACCAUCGUGUGGCAUUUUGGUCCCAGCAAACUAUUUAGAAAUUAAUGGUGAAGCUACAUUUAGACAAAAGUAGUGGUUUGCUGCCAUUCGGUGGUAUCUUGGUGCCAAGGAACUAUGUUGAGGAGCUUUAUUUAGAGAAAAAGUAGUGCUUUGCCACCAUGUUUUGGUGUCUGACUGCCAAGGAACUAUGUUGAAGUGAGUUUAGGCGUUUCGUGCAGACAAAAGUAGUGCUUUGCCACCAUCUUGUGGUAUCUUGGUGCCACGGAACUAUGUUGAAGUGAUUUGAGGAGGUUCCUGUAGACACAAGUAGCUCUUUGCCGCCAUCUUGUGGCACCUAAAGGCACUUCUAAACCUUUUUGGGGGGCAUGUCAAGUACUUGCGGAGUUUUGCUUGUCAUCUGUCCAGAAUGUGUACAUUGUUGUCCUCAAAUGUCCUUUCCUCUUUUUGAGAUGCAAAUGAACCGCUGAGUCCGGACCCCCAAGUAGGCUGCCCUCCUAACGGAUAAAAAGGUAGAAUCCACAGGCCAGCACGAGCCCGACGGCCAAGGCCACGGGUGAAUUCAUCGUGUGGUAGCAGGCGUGGCGGAGGUGGGUCCACACCGGCGAGGGCUCCACCAGCCGGUCCACCCUCUCGGAGAUGGCGCGCAGACGCGCGCAGAUGUCCCGCAGUUCUUGGCGCAGCUCGUCCAGGUCCAUCUGGGUCUGCCGCUUGAUCUCCACGAUCAUCUGGUAGAGCGUUAUGUUGACCUGCUGGCCGUUCCUCGUUACCUCAAACAUCUCGCGGCGGAAGGCCUCGAUGUCCGCCGGGCAAGCUUCCAUCCUCCGGCGGCGGCGUUGUGUGCGGGACGGGGCGGGUCGGGGCGCAAAUGUGUCGACGCAGCUCUCGAAAUCCUCCGUUCGACAGCGCGACAAAGGACGGCUCGCCUCUCAUACGGCACGUCAACAAAGACCGAGCAGGUGAUGAGGAGCUGUGUGAUGUCGUAUUAAGGACGGGCCAUUACAGCUGCUUCGAUAGCGCUUACCCCCGUUUGGCUCGUGGACUUUGUGCGCAAAAGAGGGACUAAACCUGGACUGGUAGCCAGCCAAUCACUGGCCACAAGUAGAGACAGACGAUCUUUCUCACUCACAGCGGCUGGGAACUGAACCUGAACAGAACAGAAGCGAGACGACUGAACUACGACGCAGCCGGAAAAACAAGUAACUGACACGUGCAAUUGCCUGUUACCGCAAACUUCGAUCCGAAAACAGUUCGAAAUCAUUUUAAGAUCAUCUUAGAACAUUACCCGUAAAAGAAAAACUGCCCCUGAAGUGCACGCGCACACUGGCAAAGACUCUCCGUAACGUCCACGAACAACCCAGGCGAAACAUACAAAGCUUGUCUCUCUGUUGAGAUGUAUCACUUCAACGUACUUUCUUCAGAACAAUUCCUAUUUACAUGGGCUUUGGCGCCAUCUUGUGGCAUCGUUGAGAUUUAUGAAAAGAGCACAAAAGGCCCAGAGAUUUGGAUCUGUGGAUAGAAAUGAAUAAAGUGGGAGUCCACAAUUUCAAAAAUGUAAUACAAAAGCAAUUAAUCAGAUACGUGAAUCCGAUUUGUUCUCGUAUGUACUCAGUGGUUUUCAAGUUUUUAAUGGCAUCGCGUUUGUGUAUUUCAUCAUGGGUUGAAUCGAGGCAACUGCAUGGACUUUUUUUGUUUUUGUUUGUCUUGUUUUAUGAAAAUAAUUUGAAAAUGACACGAUAUUAGACUAAUGAUUUACACAAACAUUGAAUAGGUGAGUUUUCCAGCAUCUAACGGAGGCUAGGGUCUACAAAGUAAAAAUCUGAGAUCUGCGAAUUGUUAUUAGCCCCCCCACCCCCUCGAACAAAAACAACUAAAAAAAAUCUGCUUGUAGCGAAAAUGAUCAAAAAUUGAUAAUGCAAUUAUGCAAUUUGGCUAACGAUUAACAAGGACAAAAAAUAUGUAGUUACAUACACAGUAUAUAAUGAUUUUUGUUUUGCAUAUUAUGCUGAUUGUAGUUAUCAACCGACUGUUUAUGUAUUUAAAAUUCCUGUUUCAUAAUUAUAUGGGCUACGUUUUUUAUUUAUUUUCUUUAUCAAAUUUAAAAAUGUAUACUCUAAACGCUGUGUUGAGCCACAUGCUACAAAAUGUUGUUCCGGAUACUACUUGUGUGACAAUAAACCUUGUGUAAGUCUAAA